CGGAGGAAGGCAAAGAAGAAAGAGAAAUAUUUUAUUUUAUUUUAUAUAUUUAUUUUGGCGCCUCAUUCAAUUUUGAAGCUUCUCUCGGAAGCUUUGUCUCUUCCACUUAGUAGUGUUCUGUGCGCUCGCUGCUAUUCACAUCUCUAUGCGUUCCUUUUCAUUUCUUCCGCCUCAACGCUUCUCUUCUCCGUCGCCGUCGCCGUCGCCGGAAUCUCCAUUUUCCGAUGAGAAAAUCCACCAGACUCUCCGCCAUCGGCCUCGCCCAAGCUCCAGAACCGGUGAAGCCUUUCAGCACUCGAUUUUCCCUGCGGGCGUACGCGAAGCGCGUGCAACAGCUCACACCGGAGCAGAGAUCCGCGAUUUCGCGAACCGGCUUCGGGAACCUUCUGUCGGUUCCGAACCACACGCUGAACAAGGUGUUCCUGACGGAGCUGAUGGACGCGUGGAGCUGCGACCGCCGCGCGUUCGCGCUCCGCUCCGGCGGCGAAAUCGGGAUGACGCCGUUGGACGUGGCUCUGAUCCUGGGACUUCCGGUUGCCGGUAACCCCGUGAAUUUGUCGGAGGACGAACCGUUAUCCGAUUUGGAAGAGUUGUAUGGCGCCACGAAAGCGAAGAGGAAGGUGGCCAUGGCUUUUCUGGAGAAUCGGCUCGAGUUGAUUGGUGAUGUUGCGAGCGAUGAUUUCGUUAGGAGCUUUCUGCUCUAUACAAUUGGGACGUUUCUCUCUUCAAACGAUGGGAAGGUGGAUUCGCGGUUUUUGCGGUUUCUGGAGGAUUUGGGGGAGGUUUCGGGAUUUGCUUGGGGUGGUGUUGUGGUUGAUGAUUUGUGUUACUGGUUGGAUAAGAGGAAGGAGCAUAAUGUGCAGUAUGUGGGUGGUUGUCUUAUUUUUCUCCAGACAUGGUCCUAUGAACAUUUUGACGUAGCAGCGCGGCCACAAUUGCAAGAUCAUGAUUUGACCUUUCCUCGCGUGUGUAGAUGGGAUAGUAGUAAAUCUAACCAAAGGCAACGGGGUACUCCAUGGUUUAAAGACCUGGAUGAUGAUCAGGUCAUCUGGAAACUCGAACCAACUUCUGAAGAGUUACAAAUAGAGGUAAUCAAAGAAGCACUGGGGUUGCUAGGUGACAACAAAGAACUUCAAAGUGUAGAAAGCAGUUUGACAAGCACACCCUCUAGCGUUCAUGAUGAAGAUUCAAGGUUACAGCUUAGUAUCAACAAUGAAGUACAUAGAGUGGACAAUGAUGGUUUGGAGAAUCAGGUAGUGGAGGACACUCCCGAAAGGUCGAGCUUUUGUGAUGAAGAAUUCAGAGAGCAGGUCAAUCCCAAAAACCUGAUAGUGUUAGACACUACUCCGAAUUUAACCAUCUGUGGCAGAGAAAGGUCGAGCUUUUGUGAUGAAGAAUUCAGAGAGCAGGUCAAUCCCAAAAACCUGAUAGUGUUAGACACUACUCCGAAUUUAACCAUCUGUGGCAGAGAAAGGUCGAGCUUUUGUGAUGAAGAAUUCAGAGAGCAGGUCAAUCCCAAAAACCUGAUAGUGUUAGACACUCCUCCGAAUUUAACCAUCUGUGGCAGAGUAAGUAGGGUGCAAGAAAUGAAUCUUGAAAACCCGGUAGUCGUAGUUGAGGAAACCCCCACAGUUAAUGGUAUUGCUGACGAAGUAGGCGGAGAUCAAGAGUUCACCAGCGAAAAACUCAUGGAGGAUACACUCCCAAAGUCGAGCUUUUCUGAACAGGACGAUUUGAGAAAGGAAAACGGCAUGUUAGAAGAGGAAAACUCUGAAUUGAAAAUGAAAAUAGGCCAAGUAAUGGAGGAAAAUGAACUUCUCCGUAGGCAGGUUUUAUCAAAUACCCAAUUCGAAGAGCAGAACGCUGAGUUGAAGAAAGAGCUGGACUUGUUGAGAGAAGAAAUCAGAAAUUUAAGACUGUCAACAGAUAGUUAUGCGGAGUUUGCGGACAGAGUGCAUAGAAAUAUAUUGGAUCUAGGGCUGUGAUACACGAACGACCCCUAACAUCAGACCUUGCUGUAGCCACAACAUUGAUCAAUCUAAGUUCUUCCACAAAGUAUAGAUAGAAUUUUGGGUAACAAAGUGUGUAUGUAUAUAUUGUUGAGGUAAACAAGCUCGAUUCAUUCUAAUUUAUCUGUGGGUAGUGUUAGGAGGUUUCUUUUUAAGUGAAACCAUUAAACUCAUGCCAGCUAAACAGAACUAUUUAUUUUUCUUUUUUGUUGUAUAUUAUGUAGCAGAUUGCAAAUGUAUUUCUCCAAACAUAAGAUGUUAGCGUUCAAAUGGUAUAUAAUUAUCCUUUUCUUUUCAUGAUUAUUAU